GCGUUGGGAGGAGGUGGCGAUCCACCCCAUCCUACGCCGCCACCAAACAUAGCGCGUCGCGCGAGGCGGUCUAUGACUCGGCCUGAGAGCGAGCUUAUAGAGAGAGGCAAUAUGGAACAUCAACGUACUUACUUCUUAUAAAUAUGUUGGUCUUAGUCUACUUUUUGGGCUUUGAUAUGAGGAUGUCGAUAUCCUGACUAACGCUGGCAAGAUGAAGAACCUGCAAAAACUCUGAUGUAAGUACAUCAGGAUCAGCUACAAGAUUUGCGACAAAUAUCAAGUGACUGAGUACUUUUCACAACAGAGCGACGAUCUUUUCUGCGACCGCAGCUUUCGCGUCAAGGCACACUAGAUGUGGAUAAUCCGAGUAGUCGGCGAGCUUCAGUGGCGUUCGAUCGAGAGUCGUUGAACGGGACAAGGGAUGUUAAGGCCUCAGAGUCAGUCGGCAGACGCGUUUUCUUGCAGUAAGUAUCUGAUAUCAUGUUCGCAAAAUUCUCGAAGCAAGUAGGUUGAAUGUUACAGGUAGGGACCAGGUUACCAGAUUAGGGAUAUGUUCAACUCUAAAAACGAUAGCAACAUCGGAAUGCGUACAGGCGCUGAUGGAAAGGAGAUCACAAGGGGUAUGAGCAGGUCGCGAAUAUGGGACGACGUUCACGAAAACAACACCCUGCUAAAGAAUUUCUUAGAAAGUAGCUCCGGUGCUAGGGGAGAUAAACGUAUAAUCGACUUGAAAUUGCUCUUGAUGCAAUUCUGUUAUAAGUUCUCACUUUCUUUGAUGAUUAAGUAACAGUUUUUGAUGAUGACGCAUACUUACAUUUGCGUACUCCUUGUUUGAUCCCAUGCUCUUUAGAGAUUAUGCAAACCGAUUUCUUCGUUUACCCACCAUAACCAUAUCAUUCAGAGGGUGCUGGCGGUGGCGGCGGUGGUGGAGGUCACCAUGCGCUUCCAGCUCGUGCGACAUCCCAUACGCAGCUGGAAAAAAUCUUCCAUCAUGGAGGCAACGUUUUUUAUGGAGCUAUUCAGCAACUACAAGUUGUUUUUGUAAUUCGUUUCUCGCUCUUCAUUAUUUCACGGAGCGACAUACUACCGAUGUUCGAUCUAUCUGCUCUUCGAUCUUUAUAAGUACUACCCUUUUGCCGAGAAACGAAGGUAGAGCAGUCUUCUGACAACCAUUUAAGUAACUCAUCUAAGUUUUAGACAACCUGCAUGACCUACGGCCCUCUGACAACCACAUCUCCUCUAAGUUUUAGACAAUCUGCAUGACGUGGUGAAUGAAGUGCACUUGGUGCAGACCGAAGAUCCGAACAGCAUUCGUGCAUGGCUGGCA